UCCGCCGCCAUGUUCGGAUCCCCAGCGCCUGGGAGCCUUUGCCUGUCGGAGAUUGAUUCGCUCCACGCCGGUACGUCCAAUCCCUCCAAAUGACUAGGUCGCACAUGAGGUAGAUGCCAAGCAGUGUCGCAGCGACCGAGGAUAGGCGGACUGAGCAGGACCAUGGCCCGCCUGUUGACCAAGCUGCAGCGCCUGUACAGACGAGCCCUGGGGAACAGGAGAACGUUGCUGCUCGUCCUGGCGCUGGGCCUGUGCCUGUGCACGUACAUGACCGGCCACGUUCACACCGCCGGCCGGGCUCUCAGAUUCAACCGCAGCGCCAUCCCGGCAGCGAACCCUCCGAGCGAAGGGCUAGUGGUUCGCGAGAGGCUGUUGAAAAGCGGUAGGGACUCCAAUUCAGCGCCCCAGUCCGAUACAGAGACGAGACAGUUCCGGGAGGGAAGGGACGGUCUAUCGGGCGGUGUGAUCGACCCCGCCCGGAAGGAUACGGCACCCGUCCCACCGACUGAGUACCGUGGGAACGAGGGCGAAGGGAACGGGAGCAGAAAAAGGGAACUCCCAGCGGGGGUAAAGAUGGUCAUCUCAGGAAUUAACGCGACCGCCCUCGGCUGCUUCAGUGACCGGCCCGGCCGCACGGAGAGGGCCCUGCAGGACGACUUCUUCGCGGACUACCGCAAAAUGACGGUGAACUUGUGCCUUAGGAGGUGUAAAGAGAACUCGUAUGAGUACGCUGGGCUCGAGUACGGUGCCGAGUGCUACUGCGGUCCCGAGAUCCACCGCGACAGCGAUCUCGUUCCCAUGUCGGAGUGCAACACGUCGUGCGUUGCUGACAGAACCAAGACUUGUGGCGGGAAACUCAGGGCCUUCAUUUACCGGAUGGAGCUUCCGUCGUCUGCGCAUCAGAGGCCUUUACCGCGGGUCAAAGCUGUAGAUAACAAAAACAAGGGGUCCCCAAAUCCGAAAGAUGAGACCCCGUUCCGUGGUUGUUACCCGAUGGCGGCUGACUUCGACAAGGCCUUCCCCUCCCCACCACUGAUCGACGAACAACAAACGCCCAAGAAAUGUCUCACCCACUGCUUUCUAGGGAGUUUCACCUUCGCCGUGCUGUACAACACGACCGUGUGUCGGUGCGCUGACAUCGGCGAGCACUUCCACCUCACAGACCAGGUCGCAGACGACACUUGUGACCACAGUUGCCCUGACGACCGGGCAAACAGCUGCGGUAGCCUGACUCAUUUCUCAGCCUACAGGACUGUCAUACAAGACAUCCGGUGCACGAAGACGGUCCUGUUGCCGACCAACAGCCGACCGCUGACGGCCUUGGUCAGCUUCCCGGGCUCAGGCAACACCUGGGUCCGCCACCUCAUCGAGACGGCCACGGGGAUCUACACGGGCAGCUUCUACAACGACGGAGACCUCUUCAACAAGGGGUUUAGAGGAGAGAAGGAGAACUGGUUGAAGAGAAACACAGUGGCGGUGAAGAGUCACAGGUUCGACAGACCGCACAUCGAGAAGUUUGACUCCGCCAUCCUCAUCAUCCGCAACCCGUACAACGCCAUCGUGUCGGAGCACAACAGGAAGCACGGCGGGCACACGGGGCUGGCCAGGAUGACCAAGUACCAGUCACAAGAAUGGGUAGACUUUGUGACGGGGAAGUCGCAAACCUGGACCAACACGGCGAUGAACUGGAUCCGCUACUGUAAGAACCUCCUCAUCGUGUACUACGAGGACCUCCAACGAGACGUGGUCGGGCAGAUCAGGAGGGUUCUGGAAUUCCUGAACCUCCCCGUGUCCCAGGAAAGGAUGUAUUGCCUCGAGGCGAACAAAGACGGGAAGUUCAAAAGGCACAAACAUAUCGACUUCGAUCCGUACACGCCAGAGAUGCGAGCGUCCAUCAACUUGUACAUCCAAACUGUGGCGUUGUCCCUCAGACUGUACAACAAAACAGCACUGCCAGAGGAGUACCGUCCAGAAGUAUAAACUCCAAUCACCUCGGCGCUUAGUUCAAAUUCAUCUCAAGAAUCAGGAAAAGUGGCAGAAAAGAAAUCAAGCAUUGUUCUCAAGAACUCAACCAGAGUUUUGAGGUAGUGAAUAUGGUUUUCCAGGCAAUAUCAAAGGCACCAGUGCUGAAAAGACCCAUUCUGUUGGAAGAUAAGAAUCACUGACAAAAAAGGUAUAAGCUGGCAGGAUCCAGUGUCUGUGUUCAAUGACAAUGAACGUUUUUGUAGCGACGUUUUAACUGUAGGUAUUUAUUGUGUAAAUUGUUUCAUUUAUGAUGUGGAAACAUCCAGACGAUAUACUUCACAUUUCAAAAACAUCAUGGUCUUGAAAAUGUUCUAUGUUUCUUCCAAAUUGGAAUUAGCUUGCAAUAAUACUUUAAAAGUCUGAUAACUGAUUGGAUUCUAUAAAGGCAAAUUUUAUUGAUCCUUGGUCAUUUUGUCAGGACAAAAUAAUUAUUUUACGUUUGGAAAGCAGAACGGUUUGAAGUCUGUCGUAUUCUUUGGUUAUCAAAUACUGUUUAGUUUUUAGAUAUGUAAACGGAUCAUGUGAAAUGGAAUUGUCACAUAGUUAUCAGCGGAGGUAGGUCGCAGAAAACUGGGCAGACAGUGAGAAGUUUGUAAAAUCUCUAAAACGAUACAAUGACACA